CAGACACCAACCAAAAAAACCUUGUAGAUCACACAUGUUACUGAAUUAAUUACGUUAUCUCUAAUAAGAAUUACCAAAGUAACCUUACGUAGCUUGCUCUGCAAGUGAAAGAAUUGGUCUUCAAAAGACUUGGUCUGUGACUUUGUGAGUGUUGUGUGUCUCAAAGCCUUAUUUAAUAACCUCUCUCUCAACUUUAUGUUACUCGCAUUUAAAUUUGUUUCUCUGCUUCACUCUUUUGAUUUCUUUCUACUUCUUUUUUUCACACAGAUCUUAAGAUACUACAACUGCGACCAUGGAGCUUCCAUCUCCUUACAGCUCAAGAAAGGAGGAAUCAACUGUUCCUCCGAAGAGAGGCCGAGUCAAGAUCAUGAUCUUUCGUGAUCUAGUCAGAUCGGAAACCUCGAUGGCACCGACUCCGAGGAGAGGCCGAAUCAAGAAAAUGAUCGCGGGUGAUCUAGUCGGAUCAGGGAAACAGAACAACUACGACGGAGACGGUAAGAGAGGAGGCUAGUUAAGCAGACUCUCCGACUACAUACACUUUAUCUCCAUGCCAGCUUCCAGACAAUCCCUUUCUCUGAGAAGAUGAUCGGAUUUUCAUAUUCAUUUGAAAAUCUUGUAUGAAAUGUAAUAUAGUUGUUGGCUUUGGCUUCUUCUUUCGAAUAUGUUAUACAAAAAGUUUAUUAUUUUUGUUGGGGUAAAUUAAAGAUUUAAAGGUAAGUUACUCUGUUUCAUACAAAGUUUGGGCCUCUGGGCUAAUAUUUUGGUAUCUAUGUAAAAAUGUAAAUAUUAUGUUUCUUUAGAAGUUUAUUUUUGUAUCUUUGUAGUAAAUUGUAUCUUUGUGAAAAUGUAAAUCUACUUAACAUUUUGAUGAAGUCAACAAAAAAAAUCUGAUUUUAACUGAGGGAUGAAAU